AAAAGACGUCAAAGGUAUAUUUCUGGGUGUAAGAUCACUCCCACUCAUUUAACUUGAGAUCAGAGGUGAGGUUUAAGGUGUGUCAAGAUGCUGUGCCACCACAAUUAGAUGACAUUUAUUUUCAGCAGUCAACAAAAAUAAAACAUACAAUUUCUUUGCAGAGUGGUAAUAUACUGUCCAGUGUGUGGCUGUUCACACCCUAACUCCUGUACAUGGCAGGUCUCUGUGUUCUCAAGAUCCUGCUGCUCUGGGCCGGGGUCAUCGGUUGGACCAAGUCCACUAUUCCCACUACCUCACCCAUACCCAGCAACCAAACGGACUCUCAAAACCUGACCUCACCUCCAGUCACCCAGCUCAUCACCACUGUGAUAACUACCACCCAAGCCCCACCUCAGUGUUCUUAUACUGUAACACCCAUCAAGUUUGGCUUCCAGUUUAACAUUACAAGCUCAACCACUGGUGACUACACCAUAAACAUUAAGGAUGAAGAUCAAUCAGAAACUGCAGAAAGUGUCACUGUUUACUCCAAUCAAACGUCAUCUCAUGACAUUAAAGACCUGAAGCCCUGUACUGAAUAUGAGCAUAAUGUGGCAUUUAUUGAUGCUGCUGGUCAAGAAAACCCCUGUGACUACACUGAAAGUCAAACAAGGACAAAUGAUAUAAAUGAAAAUGACAUCGAAGUUGAAGCCAACUGCAUCUCUGGACAUGUUUGUUACCGAUCUAAUUGGGACAUCAGCUCUUUACAGUCAACACCAGCUCCAGCUGAGCAAUGUGGCAAUAAAGUUUUCUGUUUCAAACCUGGUAUCAAUGACAUUUGCUCAGAUUUUACUACGACCCUCACAUCAGAAAACUGUGGGGACUCUUCCUUUAGCCUCACCAAACACAUCCCUGUUGGUUUCUUGAAUACAACUGAAAUAAGUCAGAAUGUUUCCAAACAAUUUCCUGUAAAAAUAGAAGCAACGUUGCCUCCAAACUGUAAAAACCUCUCCAUUGAUUACACCUGUAGGGAACAUGAUGGAGUCAACGAGCCUAAGAACCUGUCUGAGCUGGAGCCUUUCACAGACUACAUCUGUACUGGUCAGAUCAAGGACAACAAUGUCACCAUAGGAAACACAGCUGCUGUUGACUUCAGGAUUGACUGUGAUUUUACAAUAAAAAUCACAACGGAACGUGUUACUGAUACAUCCAUUGAGUUGGAAUGGGACACAACCAGUCGCAACUGUCAACAUGUCCUUCAAGGUCUUCAGAAGCUCUCCUAUGACUGCAGUUGUGAACGACGCCACAACGCUGCAGCUGAAAAGCAUGCAUCAGGAGGAACAUGUCAUAUUACUGGACUGAAACCAUGGAGAAUUUACACCUGUGAAGUCCAACCCAAGUACAACAACAAGGAAGCUGACAAAAAAGCUUCAGUUACACGGGGCACUGAGAGUGGAACACCAGACGAUGUUUUUCAUCUGAAGGCAACUCUUCCAGAGAAUAAUGUGAUUAAAGUAACCUGUGGUCAUCCAGAAAGCUUUCAUGGACCUGAGAACAUAUACAGAGCACGACUUCAUUAUGGCAGUGACACUCUGAUUCACAAAGAAAAUACAAAGUGCGAGUUUGAAUUCAAAGAUCUGCUCUACUCUACAUCCUACACAGUGGAGGUGACUGCUUUUAACGGAAUACAUGAGAGCCAACCCGAGACGAUAGAUGUUGACACUCUGUACAAUGACAAAGCUGUCAUUGGUUUUCUGGUCUUCAUGAUCAUCACAUUUUCUACAGUGGCUGUGGUGCUCUACAUGAUUUACAUUAAGAAGUGCAGAACGUCCAGAAAUGAUAUGAGGCUUGAAUCCACAGCAAUGAUGUUAAUGAAGAUGUGAUGCUUGAAUCCACAGCAAUUUACGUUAAUGUCAGACCUCCUGGAUGGCAUCACAAAGAAGCUCGCUGAUGAAGAAACGCCUGAUGGAGCUGUACAUCAAAUCACCCUUUACUCUUUACUCUGCUUAGUUAUGAAGAUGUUCAAUAUGUAGUAAGUCUCUUUGCAGUUUUAGAAUUUAUUUUCAAACUUUUAAUCAACUUCUCAUUAUUAGCUAAAAUCUCCUGUACUAUGUAUAUUCAGUUCUAUGGUCAUUUUCUCACUUUGUUACACCUGACAGUUUUAUCAUGUCUGUUGCUUUGAUGUGCACAUUGUACCAUGUUAGAAACUGUCCUUUUCUCAUUGCUGUUUUUAACCCCCUUGAGAGUCUGGCAAAAUAAAUAAAGUUACACCAGCUAAAUCCC